UGUUAUUUAUUUAACGACUUUUAUCAUUAUCAGCUUGCUAUAUAAACAACCUUUUAUCUAGAGCAGCGUCAGAAAAUUAAAUUUGCAAUGAACUGCAGUUUAGUCUGGAUUUUCUUAAUACUUCGUGCAGUUCAUAGUCAAGCGCAGGGUGAAUGCCUUGGUACUGUUAGUCCCGCUGAUCCGAAAUGUUUUCCGGAUAGAGAUAUAGGACAUACUAAAAGAUCAUACUGCAGCAGGAAUGCCAAUAAUGUCAUGUGGUAUUACGAUUCGUCUAGCGGAUCCUGCAGAGCAUUCGCCUAUAAAGGCUGUGGUGGCAAUAAGAAUCGUUUCUGUACUUGGGAGGAUUGUGUAAAAGAAUGCAAAGGAUUUGACAAAGCUUAAACUAAGUAUUUCACUUCGUAAAUUACAUUUCUUUCCAUAUUGUUGCAUUAUUAAAACAUUAUGAAAGAAUUUCAAAAUAGUUAACACCAUUAAAAGUUCUUACAAACGCAUAUCCCCAAAUUAAAUUUCUGAAUUUGUAGUCAAAUUUUUUUAGUUCAACCAAUAAUUGUGUCAUGAAAACAUAUCAUUAAAGGCUCGUCCAAAGACAUACUAUACUAUUAUUCAAUUAAGUCAUUAGACCCAGCCUAACACAAUUGAAUACGUUAAAGUUACAUAAGAGCCCAAAAUUAUUUCAAACUAACUCAUAAUUAAAUUAAGUUGUACUAAUAACUUAAUUUAUGGUAUAGUUUGUAUAAGGACUGCACGUAACCUAAUCGCUGGUAAUGAAAAUACAUAAUUUAUUUU